AUGGACUUUGCAACUGGAAGAGAAGAUGGUACUGAGGAUAUGUUUGUUGAUGGUGGUGGAGCAGAAGAUAUGUAUGUUGCUGGUAAUGAGAAUGGGCAAGUUGCACGGGGAAAUGGCUUCUCAUGCACUGGAACAGGCAGGGGAAGUGGAAGCAGUGGCUUCUUGAAAAACAGAACAGUAAGUGGUUUCUUACAAAAUGGCACGGGUGAGUGGAAGAGGCUUCUUAAAGGCGGUGGGGUAAUGACCUCUGUUGGUGGUGUUGGACAUUCAGGAUGUUCAAUUGGUGUUCUGCGUGAAGGCGGUGGUACUCGGCAGCUUAGGCAAUGGCAGGACAUCACCAGUAGCCCAUGUUUCGAGUCCUCCAAUUGCAAACUAGCAAUCAAACGGUUUCAUGAAGCCCUGCACAAGAUCAUGGUCAAUUGCAUAAUUUUUUGGCAGGACAGGACCGUGGAGACUGCACAGCACAUAUUCUCCAAACCCGAUUUUUUUAGCAAAGCAUAA